AUGGGCCGCUCCCGUGUGCUGUCAUUUAUAUCUACUUGGGGAGGUCCGAAGAACAAUGAGUCCGGAAGGGAAAGCAAGCGAUCGUCGAAGAACGUCACACCCGCCGAAACACCUCCACGGUGGCAAACCCCGUCACCCGAUACCCCGUCGCCGCCCUCUGAACUGUCGCCAACGGGUGGUUCGACGUCGCGCGGCGAGGGAAUUGGCUCGCGACCAGCGUCGAUGAUCUUUUCACGCAAUCCGCCGCUGAUAACCCAUGCGGAGGAUACCCCACCAGAGCUGUCGCCGAUCUUCACCUACCUGAAUAUCCACACCAACAAGGUCUACCAAGAAGGCUACUUUCUGAAGUUGAAUGACCAGGACACCCAUGGGCGACCUUGUUCUGAUCGACAGUGGGUGGAAUGCUAUGCACAGCUAGUCGGAACCGUCCUUUCCCUCUGGGAAGCUACUGCGCUGGACGCAGCAGGCGGGGAAGAAGUCCCCGCAACCUUUAUCAACCUGGCAGAUGCAUCACUUAAAAUGAUUGAAACCCUACCGAUCAGGAACGGAGCCGUACAGCCGUUAAAAAAUGUGCUCAGUCUUUCCUCCGCGGGUAAAAACCGAUAUUUGCUCCAUUUCAGUUCCUUCCAUUCGAUGAUUCAAUGGACGGCGGCCAUUCGCCUGGCUAUGUAUGAGCACACGUCGCUGUAUGAAGCAUAUACCGGCUCCCUCAUUGCCGCCAAAGGGAAAACCCUAAAUGGGAUUCAAUCCAUCCUGGUCCCGACUAAAUUCAAGUACGAAGAUUGGGCCCGUGUGCGAUUCGGCGCGGGAACGCCGUGGAGACGAUGUUGGUUUGUGAUCAACCCCCCAGAUGAAAAGGAAAUCCAAAAGGCACGGAAAGUGAUGAAAAAAUCCGCCUACGAUCGCUUGUCGAUUCCAAUCACCGGAACCAUCAAGUUCUAUGAAACCAAGAAAACCAAGAAAGUGCAGCCCAUUGCAACAGUGACGCAUGUGUACUCGGCAUAUGCCAUCUACCCGCAAUCUAAGGCUUUGAUCGAUCAAUCAACAUUGGUGAAACUCGAAGGCCAGAUCACCAUGCACUCGGGGCCCUCCUCUUCUUCCGAAGGGCUUGUGUUUGUCAUGCCAGAGCUCCACGCUGCGGUUUCCGGCUUCGAGAUGAUGCUUCGUUUCCUCUUUCCAACCUUUGAUACCUUCAACCUCUACGGUCGUCCCACUCGCCUUGUGGCCGACACAAAUCACAUCAAAAGCAUCAUGUUUGCCUUUCCUAAAGAGCGCCGCUACGGAUAUUUAGAUGUUUUGGACAUUGUCAACCUGCUUCAGACCCAGGGAAGUCAAGAGUGGAGUGAAGCAGAAUGGAGGAAGCAACUGAAGGAAGCGACUCAGAAGCGGAACGCCACUGGUAGGAGGAGAGGUGAUAGUGUCACCAGCCGACGCCCACGCUACCGCACCAGUGUAAUCUCCACGCGCAACGGAGAGGCCCCGAUCGAUCUUGCUCGACGCCAAUUUGCUCCCGAGGCCAAGCCCGAGUUCAACCAAUCUGCCGAUGCCAUAGUCCCCGAAGCCCCGAGGGACGAUUCUAUGGCUUAUCAUUCUAGGGGAAUGUCAGAUAUCACGGAUUUGCAGAGAGGAGCAAGACCAGCUCACGGCUCCAUGUUGAAAGGCUCUCCCGACUCUUCCACCCAGGAUCUGGUGCAUCAUGACCGAGUACAAGCUUUGGCAGGCCCUGUUGACGAGCGCACAAGUUCUGACAGCGACCGAAACACUGAGGAACUUGCCCGACCGCCUGUGUUCGGGGAGCAGCUUCCACCACGCACACCACCCUCUCCAGUUGUGAGCCCACCAGCUUUCGCACAUGGUCCUCGGGAACUGCCCUUCAAUCGGCCCGCGGCAACGGAUGAGCAGAGACGGGCUAAUAACCGGAUGUCUCAUGCAACUCUCACCCAGCUCACCCAGGUUGGUAAAAUGGGUAUGGGGGGAGCCGCUUUCGCCUAUCAUGACCAGCAGCCACAGCGCGAAUCCAACAGUGACCAGCAACUUCAGGACCACUCUUCGAACACCACUUUUUCUCCACGGCCCAUUGCACCUGUCAAUUCCCAACUUAUGCAUCGGUCGAGUGAGGAACAAAUGGGCCAUAUGUUCCCAAUUCGGCAACCGCCAACCUCAGAACCCCGUCCCCUCACACCUAAUUCUGCAGGCAAGCCCUCGCCAAAGCCCGACUUGGCGAUUGGCACUGUUCAGAGUUUAAAGCGCAAACCUCUACCGCAAAGACAGCUUUUCGAAGAAUCCCCUCAAUCCCCCGGGGAGCCCAGUUUAGACGAUCUUCGCCAUACCCUGGAUGAAGAUGCGUUAAACCGAAUUGCUCCUCACCUCCCAUCCCCCGUUUCCCCAACACGGAAUGAUGCGGAGAGCGUGUAUGAUGAUGCAUCUACGGUUUCUCCUGACUAUGCCAGCACGCAUGAAUCUAUUCACAGCAAGAAAUCUGUGCAGUCGACUGCCCGACCCAGGAUGGGUGUUAUGAAGAUUGUGGGAGAGCCAGUCAAGCAAGACCUUGUCAUUGGCGAUGCUCGUUAUUCUACCAUUAAGCCCGAAGAGCCCAAUCCAGAUAUACCCGCGGUUGACUUCGGUCCGACUUUGACCUAUAUGCCUACCACCGGGCGCCCGAGUACCGGAGAUACUUUGAGGAAAGCUUCGCACCAGCGCAAUGACUCGGAGGCAGCUGAAAGGCUCAGGUUUAACGUUCCCACUAACACUAUGGAGCACGGUCAUAAUCAAUCUCCGAGUCAGGAUGAAUUUCGACGAAGUGUAUUGUGGCAGCCUGGCAUGACUGGUCGACCAACUACGCCCGGUGGUGGUCUGACUCCAGAACAAUUUGUACAGCAACGAGCGGCCCCGACCCCUCCGGUGCAUAUGCACCAUCGUUCUCCGUCAGGUACCGCCCCGUCGCCGCAACGCCCUGGCUCCGCAGAUUGGCAACAGCAUGUUCGGCCCAACUCCCGGAUGACUUCCUACCAGGAUCCAUACCAGCGUCCUUCUUCGCGUGGUACAACCGCAGCGCUCGCCAAUUACAACGAGAGGUCCAACCAUCUUUCCGCUCGUGAGCAGGAACAUGUGGCACGCAUCACUGGUUCCUCCUUCUUUAACAUGUCCAACAGCAACCGGCAACCUCAGCCGCAAGUGAAUCCAAUGGGCCUUGUCUCGACAAUUGAUGCCCGUGAGCGUGAGAGACGCGAGAUGAAGGAGGGAAUGUCGAACCAAAUGGUCCAACACGCCAUUGCUCAGCGCCAACAGGCUAUGAUGCACCAACCUCAUCAAGCUGGGAGUCAGUAUGCUGGUUCAAUGAUGCACCAACAACCGCAACCUGGAACUCAAUAUGCUGGCUCGAUGUACCCUCCCCCAUCUCGCCAAGAUGGCAUGUACAAUCUCCCCGGUGCAAGCCAAACUUGGGACGCUUUGCAUCAAAUGAAUCGACCCGAUGAACCUCGUCGUCGAUCCUGGUACGGCCAGCUGGCGCAGCAGGCACCUCCGACUCCUCCAAGCUACCAACAGAGCCAGCAAUUUGCCCAUCAAGGAGGAUACCAUACCAACUACAACACCACGCAGUCUUAA